AUGGGUCCUCUACAAAAAACAGAUGCGUCGGUAAUAUAUGAAAGGAGUUUGAAUGAUAACGAAGAGUUAACACCACAAAUAAUAAAUUCUACAAAAACGGAGAGGAGAGAAUUGGACAUAGUUUGGAGGAAUGUCAUAAUUUACACAUUGCUUCAUUUGGGAGGGAUUUACGGCGGUUUUCUGUUUGUGACACAAGCGAAGUGGGCUACACGUAUUUUUGCAUUUAUGCUCUACGUGGCUUCCGGACUUGGCAUCACAGCAGGAGUCCAUAGGCUUUGGUCACACAAGGCAUACAAGGCUAAACUACCGUUGCGUAUCCUUCUAGUGGCUUUCAACACUAUUGCUUAUCAGGACUCCAUAAUACACUGGGCCCGUGACCACCGCGUGCACCAUAAGCAUACUGAAACCGAUGCUGACCCUCACAACGCAACACGUGGCUUCUUCUUCUCCCACGUCGGCUGGUUGCUUGUUAAGAAACACCCUGAGAUCAAAGCGAAGGGACAAGCUAUUGAUGUUAGUGACCUUUGGGCGGAUCCGUUAUUAAGAUUCCAGAAAAAUUACUACCUGUUUCUUAUGCCGCUGGCGUGCUUCAUUCUACCCACUUAUAUACCAACGGUAUGGGGAGAGUCAUUGAAGAAUGCCUUUUUCGUCAGCGCCAUCUUUCGUUAUGUCUACGUUCUAAACGUCACGUGGCUUAUUAAUUCCGCUGCUCACAUGUUUGGUACCAAACCUUAUGACAAAGACAUCUACGCAGUGGAGACCAGACCAGUAGCAUUGGUUACACUUGGAGAAGGAUUCCACAAUUUCCACCACACGUUUCCAUGGGAUAGCAAGACUUCUGAAUUGGGGAACUAUGCUUUAAGUUUUACGAACAUAUUCCUGGAAGCCAUGGCUAAAAUUGGAUGGGCUUACGAUUUCAGAACGGUGCCUCGUGACGUGGUUUUGAAGACGGCUAAAAAGUCGGGCGAUGGUUCACACCCAGAGUUUUAAAUGAAACGUGUUAUAAAUGUAAUUUCUUAAUAUAGAUUUUAAAAUAAAAUAGAUCUUAUUUAUAACAAUGUAUAUAGCA